AUGACGACCCCAACAAAUCGCGACCGCUCCAACUCGGACGAAAAUGAGAAGCAGUCUUCUCACACAGACGAUAGCCUCCAGACGGCCACGGAUCCCAAUUCCUUGCCGCCUCAGCAGGAGAAGAUGACCCGCAUCAACACCGACAACCAUCUCCACCUUCCCAACGACUCACAACGCCCACUGUCACCACAAGACACCCGCGAACAGGCCUCGCGUCUAAACGACGACCUCGAGCUGUUGCGCGCCGAGCGCCUCGUUUCCAACCAGGAGCAUGAACUGUCCCAACAGCGCUCCCGCCAGGGUAGGACCCGGGAGAUGGAGCCCGAGGAUGUCUUCGCUACCAACCCCACCGCUGCCGAGGCCGUGAAGCCUCCCCCCGAGAAGAAGGCCGGCGCCUUCGCCUACGCCGUCUGGAAGUGGCUGAGGAAGUUCCCCCGCAUCUUCCGCUAUUCCGUCUACAUGAUCCCCGGAGCCGGCCUUCUCCUCAUCCCCGUCCUCAUCGGCCAUUUCGCCGUGGAUCCCAACAGCUCAACCGUGGGCGGCGCUAAUGGCGUCUAUCUCACCUGGUUCGGUAUCUGGCUUGAGGUCGUCUGGUGCUCCCUGUGGGGUUCGCGCAUGAUCACGAGCUUCAUGCCGAUCAUCUUUGGCGGCAUCGCCAUAGUUAUGGGCUCCAGCAACCACAAGAAGUGGAAGGAUAUUGGUCAGGGUCUCGAGCUGCACACUGCCCUUUUCAUGUGGAUGCUCGCCGUCCUCUGCUCAUACUCGCCUAUUAUCAACGGCCACCGUGCUCUGCCCGACAACUUUAACGAGAAUGAGGAUGAUCUGCCCUAUGUCCAGUGGAUUGACAUUGUUCAGAAGGUCAUCAUCGCGUUUUUCGUCUUAGCCGCCCUCAACUGGGCAGAGAAGAUCUGCAUUCAAUGGAUCGCGACGACGUUCCACCAGCGCACCUAUGCCCAACGAAUUGAGACGAACAAGAGUGAUAUCGACCACCUCGUCCAUCUCUACGAGCACUCCAAGAUGCGCAUCAAUCGCGAGGACUCUAUCUGGCUCACGACAGAGAACGGCAACAGGUCUGGUGCCCGCACUCCCAUGGGUGUGGUGGGCAAGAAUGUGCGGUCCGCCUUCAACAAGGCCGGUGGUGUGGCGGCUCGCGUCGGAAACGACUUCAUAGGACGGAAGGUCGCCUUUAACCAUGCCCGCAAGAUCACCUACGAGAUGUUGCGUAACACUGGCUCUGCCCAUGCUCUGGCCCGCCUCAUCUUCCGCAGCUUGGUCAGAGAAGGCCAGGAGACAAUCUUCCUCGAGGACAUGCAGGUUGCCUUCAAGACCUCGGAAGAAGCUGAGCAUGCAUUCAGCAUUUUCGACAAGGAUCUCAACGGCGAUAUAUCCAUGGAGGAGAUGGAGGGCACCUGCAACGAAAUCCACCUGGAACGCAAGGCCAUCGCCGCCUCCCUGAAGGAUCUCGACUCCGUCAUCAAGAAACUCGACAAGGUCUUCCUCUUCAUCAUUGUCAUCAUUGCCAUCAUAGUCUUCAUCUCCAUUAUCUCAGGGUCUGCCGCCGCCGGCCUGGCCUCUGCCGGUUCUAGUUUCCUCGGUCUCGCCUGGAUGCUCCAGGCCACGGCUCAGGAAUUCCUACAGUCCAUCAUCUUCGUUUUCGUCAAGCACCCCUUCGAUGUCGGUGACCGUGUCACUGUCUACGGCAACACUGGUACCCUGGGAACCGGCGAUGAUUACUACGUCACCGAGAUCUCCCUGCUAUACACCGAGUUCAAGAAGAUGGAGGGCCACAUUGUCCAGGCACCCAACAGCGUUCUCAACACUCUGUUCAUUCUGAAUCAGCGCCGCUCUGCCGGUCUUGCUGAUCCUAUCGAGCUCAAGCUCGGUUUCGGUACCGAUCCAGAACUCAUCGAGGAGCUCAAGUCUCGCAUGCUCAACUUCUGCCUCGAAAACAAGCGCGACUACCAACCCCGCAUCAUCACCGAGGUCAAGACUCUCAACGAGGUUCAGUCCUUCACAAUGAACCUGAUCUUCUUUCACAAGUCCAACUUCCAGAAUGAACUCCUCCGUCUCCAGAGACACAACAAAUUCGCCGCACAGCUCAUGGCCGAGGUCCGAAGCGUUGGUCUCCAGGGCCCUUGGCAGGUGCAACCUGGUGGUUCCCGCGACACCCCCUUCUACUGGGCCGGCGGCGCUCCCCCAUCAUACGACUCUUCGUCCAAGUCCGGUCCCAGUGGCAGCGAGCCUUCGGCACCUGCAACGGCUGGCGACGCGCAAUCGCAUCACUCCAACACCCAGUCUACUGUUGGUGGCCCGGCCGUUGUUACUCGUGCCCGCAGCGACUCGCGCACUGGCGUGGUGCCCUUUAUCGACGAUAACUGGAGUGAUUUCCAAGACGUCUUCGAGGCUCGUAGGGAAGUCAACCAGCCACACGUCACGCGCCUUCAAAGCAUCCGCGAGCGGUCCGACCUCGAGCGCCCAGACAGCUCCACCUCUGGCGUCGCUCCAUCGAGGCACUCCCAAGAGUCCGGCUCGCAGCGUCGUAGGUUCUUCGGCCGUCCUCGGAGCUCCAGCAGGGUCAAAACUGGCGACAUUGUCUAA